AACCGCUACUUCCGGCAAGUCACUGGAAUGCAGAGGUGAAAGUGGCUGUGUUUUGCUUCGGCUUCUCUCUCCGCUCUCUCGCUUUCCCGGCAGAAAACCCGCCGGACAUGUGUUUGAUCGCGUCCCACAAGCGGCGACGUUAAUUCGGGUUGAAUCGGCGGCCAGACGCGUCGGUUUGCUGCCCGCGUCGCUAACGUUAGCUGGCUAAGCUAGCCGGCUAGCUCGCGGGGCUAACGGCUGCCUGGUGUCCGGGUUGAAGCUCCGCCGGUUGGAGGCUCAGGAGCAGGAAGUUCCGCUCGGCUUCCCCGCGGAGUCGCUCCCGUCUCUCCUGCGUGUCUCCGGGGGGGGGAAGAGCCAGUUUCAUGUGAGCGCCGCGGCUCCGCUCGAUGUUUUAAUGGGAGGCGGGUCGCUGUGCGGGGGGCAUCGCGGGCGUCACUCGAGCAGAGAGCGGAGGAGCUGGCUGGCUGUCGGGCUCACAUGGAGUCUCUGGCCGGCUACGUCUACAAGGCAGCCAGCGAGGGCCGCGUCCUGACGCUGGCCGCCCUGCUGCUCAACCACUCCGACACGGAGACCCAGUACCUGCUGAGCUACGUGACUCACCUGGCCGGCCAGAGGUCCACGCCUCUCAUCAUCGCAGCCCGAAACGGUCAUGACAAAGUAGUGCGGCUGCUGCUGGACCACUACAAGGUGGACACCGAGCAGACCGGGACGGUGCGCUUCGACGGGUACGUCAUCGACGGGGCGACGGCGUUAUGGUGUGCAGCCGGGGCGGGACACUUUGAGGUGGUGCGCCUGCUGGUGAGUCACCAUGCCAACGUGAACCACACCACCAUCACCAACUCCACGCCGCUGCGGGCCGCCUGCUUCGACGGGCGCCUGGACAUCGUGCGCUACCUGGUGGAGCACGACGCCGACAUCAGCAUCACCAACAAGUACAACAACACCUGCCUGAUGAUCGCCGCCUACAAGGGCCACACGGACGUGGUGAGCUUCCUGCUGGAGCGAGGGGCGGACCCCAACGCCAAGGCCCACUGCGGGGCCACCGCCCUGCACUUUGCCGCCGAGGCGGGCCAUCUGGACAUUGUGAAGGAGCUGGUGCGCUGCCAGGCGGCCAUGGUGGUUAACGGACACGGCAUGACGCCGCUGAAGGUGGCGGCAGAGAGCUGUAAAGCCGACGUGGUGGAGCUGCUGCUGGCGCACGCCGACUGCAACUCCGGCAGCCGCAUCGAGGCCCUGGAGCUGCUGGGCGCCUCGUUCGCCAACGACCGAGAGAACUACGACAUCCUGAAGACUUACCACUACCUGCACCUGGCCAUGAUGGAGCGCUACAGCAACCCGGACAACGUCAUCGCCAAGGAGCUGCUGCCGCCCAUCGAGGCCUACGGGGGGCGCAGCGAGUGCAGAACACUCCAAGAGCUGGAGAGCAUCCAGGUGGACCGGGACGCCCUGCACAUGGAGGGGCUGAUGGUCCGGGAGCGCAUCCUGGGCUCGGAUAAUAUUGACGUGUCGCAUCCCAUCAUCUACCGCGGCGCUGUUUACGCCGACAACAUGGAGUUCGAACAGUGCAUCAAGCUGUGGCUGCACGCGCUUCGCCUGCGGCAGAAGGGCAACCGCAACACGCACAAGGACCUGCUGCGCUUCGCCCAGGUGUUCUCCCAGAUGGUCCACCUGAAGGAGCCGGUGUUGGCCCCGGCCGUCGAGCAGGUGCUGAGCUGCAGCGUGCUGGAGAUCCAGCGCAGCAUGGCUCGCGUGGAAGCGGCGCCCGAGGCCGAGCUGCCGCAGGCCAUGGACAACUACGAGUCUAACGUCUUCACCUUCCUCUACCUGGCCUGCAUCUCCACCAAGACCACCUGCACCGAGGAGGAGCGCGCGCGCAUCAACAAGCAGAUCUACAACCUGAUCCAGCUGGACCCGCGCUCCCGCGAGGGCUCGUCGCUGCUGCACCUCGCCAUCAGCUCCAGCACGCCGGUGGACGACUUCCACACCAACGACGUGUGCAGCUUCCCCAACGCGCAGGUCACCAAGCUGCUGCUGGACUGCGGCGCGCAGGUCAACGCCGUCGACAACGAGGGCAACAGCCCGCUGCACGUCAUCGUCCAGUACAACCGGCCCAUCAGCGACUUCCUCACGCUGCACGCCAUCAUCAUCAGCCUGGUGGAGGCCGGCGCCCACACGGACAUGACCAACAAGCAGAAGAAGACGCCGCUGGACAAGAGCACCACGGGCGUGUCGGAGAUCCUGCUGAAGACCCAGAUGAAGAUGAGCCUCAAGUGCCUGGCGGCGCGGGCCGUCCGGCAGCACCAGAUCACCUACCGCAACCAGAUCCCCAAGACGCUGGAGGAGUUUGUGGAGUUCCACUGAGACGGGGACGAACUUAAGACUCACAACAGAGCGAGGGCGGACUCUUGGUUCUUGUUUUUUUUUUUUUUUUCCAAAAAAAAAUCUUAUAAUUUUCUAAUGAAUCCAAACGGUGCUGAGGACGCAGGUGUUAAAACAGGUUUUUGAACAUAUUUGCUUUUUAUAAAAAAAAGAGGGGUUCUUUUUCUAAGUAUUAAUUGCUACGUACCAGCAGCCACAGUUGGCCGUCUUGUGUCUGUCUGUCCGUCUGUCUGUUGCUUUUCCCAGCUGACUGCACAUCGUUACUGCUGGACGUACGGAGGAAACGCCGCGCCGCCGCGGCGGGGCGGGGCGGGGCGGGGCGGGGCGGCGGGUCCGGUCAGAAACACAGAGCACAACCGUGACAUCACUCGACUGGUUCUUCUUUUGCCUUAUCUACAUGCCUGGAGAGAGUCGUGUCGCCAUAUUACUGUGAUUCUACAGGCUGUUUGAAUGUGAGCGUGAGGGGGAGGAGCUUCACCGAGCAGAAUAAGCUAGAGCGAGCGAGCGAGCGAGCGAGAGAGAGAAUAUUAGAAAAUCCAAACUAGAGCGAGAGAAUAAAGGAAUGAAUGAACGAGCGAGCGAAUCGCCUCCAACCUCGUCUGCUGCCCAGGCCUCCUGCAGAUCAGCCGUCACACACACACACACACACACACACACACACACACACACAUCGCUUUCUCUCGCUUUACGGAUUGAUUGAAAGGAAAACAGGAUAUCACACUAAUAAAACAUGAUCUAACUGCUGGACAGAGUUUCUACUCACCAUCAUGUUUGCUCUUUCAUAAUCAACAUGUUUGAAGAGGGUUUUUUUUUUUUUUAAAGCGCGUGCUUCAUCGAGACGUGUGUGUGUUCAGAUCCUCUGCAAAACGAGGCGUGUGGCGAGAGAUUUUUUUUUUUUAGUUUAUUUUAAAAAGCACUGAUCGGUGGAGCAGGUGCGUGUUUUAGUGAUAUGUCUCUUAAAUUAAAUUAAAUUAAAUUAAAUAUUUUCAGUUUUUGCAGAAAGCCCUGGCGUUCAGAUCCUCCUCACUGCUUUUUCCUGCUAAUUCCAAAUUCUAGUUCCUCGGGCGGGCAGGCGGACGCUGUCGUUGGUCGGCUGGAGAGAUUUAUAUGAGGACUUGAGCACCGAAACUAUGAAUGUUUUCCCAAAAUGAAAUAUCGCUUAAGUUAUUUUCCCCUGUUUUUAUUUGGUCUUUUAACAGUGAGCCUGUAGAAGCUCAGCUGAUGGUGCCUGGUUGCGUGGACAGUUUCCGGUUUGACGUUUGGCUCCCGUGACCGCCGGCCCGCAGAGCGCAGCAGCAACACACAUACACACACACACACACACACACACAGCUCGGAGGGGUCAUCUGCAAACUCUGCUUUUUAAUUUGUGCUGUUUUAACUUUGCCCCCAUUUCUGUCGCUGAGCGCUCGUCGCUGUGAUGCACUGCAAAAACUCCAAAUCUUACCAAGAAUAUUUGUCUUAUUUCAAGUCAAAAUGUCUGAUUUCAAGUCAAAAUAUCUCAUAACACUUAAAAUAAGACAUGAUCACUGAAGAAAUAACUUG